AUGUCUGUUGACCACAAGAAGGACCCGUUGAACGAUGAGCCCGAGGCCCUGGGCCAGAAGGAGGGCAGUAUUGUUGAAGAACACCUCAAUGAUCCUGCCUACCGGGCCCGAGAGAAGUGGAUGGUGCGAAAGCUAGAUAUAACGCUCAUGCCUAUUAUUUUCAUCCUCUACAUGUUCAACUACCUGGACAGGAACAAUAUUGCACAAGCAAAACUCGACUCGUUCGAAGAAGACCUUGGCCUCAAAGGAAGCGAUUACAGCACGGCGGUGGCUAUCGUGAACAUUGGAUACAUCCUGAUGCAACUGCCCAGUAACAUGAUCCUCACGAAGGUCCGACCCUCACUUUACAUUCCACUCUGGGUCUGCGUUUGGUCGGUUGUCUCAGGUGCAACGGCUGGUACAAACAAUUUCGGCGGCCUCAUUGGUGUCCGCAUAGUCCUUGGUAUCUGCGAGGCGCCCUUCUUCCCUGGUGUCUUCUAUCUUCUAUCCUGCUGGUACACGAAGAAAGAGCUGGCACUUCGUUAUGCAGUCCUGUACUCCGGACUCGUACUCGCGACAGCAACAUCCGGGCUGCUGGCGGCAGCCAUCUUCGCUGGUAUGGAUGGUACAGCAGGACUGCCGGGAUGGCGAUGGCUGUUUAUUAUCGAGGGCGCAGUGAGCUUUGUACUUGGUGUAAUAGCACCAUUCCUUCUACCAGACCUCCCAGGUCAGAACUCUGGAAGUGUACGCUGGCUGUUUAGUGAAGAAGAGCAGCGGCUGGCGGUUGACCGGAUGGCGCGCGAUGCGGUAUCGAACCAGGAGGAUAAUGCAUCAUUGAGACAUGGGUUGAAGCUCGCUGUGAUGGAUAUCAAGAUGUGGACUUUUGCGUUUAUCAUGUGUUGCAGCCAAAGUGCCUAUGGGUUCAACUACUUCUAUCCCGCCAUUGUCGAGGGAUUCAAUCUUGGAAGUAGGACUAUCACUCUGGCUUGCACUGCACCGCCGUAUAUCAUUGGAGCCUUUGUGGCGUAUGGUGUUGCCUGGUCGAGCGAUCGCUUCCACGACCGUGGGUUCCACGUUCUCACGCCAGUUCUUGUUGCUAUAGUAGGCUUCAUCAUCAGCGUUGCGACACUCAAUAUCCCAGUCCGGUAUUUUGCUUCGUUCCUGUACAUCUCCGGGAUAUUUGGUGCCAACGCUGUUGUAUUCAGCUGGGCAGCCACAACAGUCAGCGAUACCGCACAGAAAAAGGCAUGUGCGAUGGCCAUUAUCAACAUCACUGGCCAGCUGGGGAGUGUAUGGAGUCCGUUCUUCUUCCAUGAGAAUGAAGCUCCCCGGUAUCUGACGGCCAUGAUCUUGCUUCUGGUGUUUGCCAGCGUGGAGGCCGUGCUGUGUGUCUCGAUGAAGCUUCUGCUCCGUAGGGAGAAUAAGAAGCUGAUUGCCCGGGGGAACGAAGCUGGCGUUGUUCCUAACCUGUACACACUGUAG